UACCGAGAAAUGAAACGGAUGAACAUUGUUCAUCGUCAUUUUGCAUGGGAAAAAAUCGUCGAGUUCAAUUCGAAUUUUUGUAAUUGCAUUAACUUUUAUACGAUAUAGCUAAACGGUAGACGCAUAAGAAUCAACAAAUUUGUGCCAUUUUGUAAGCAAAUUAAGUGUCGAAUUCGUGCUGAGUGUUGUGAAAUCACCAAUAUAAAUUAACUUCCAAUGACGACGAUUCGCAAGAAAUUGGUAAUUGUCGGCGACGGUGCCUGCGGUAAAACUUGCCUUCUGAUUGUCUUCAGCAAAGAUCAGUUCCCCGAGGUCUAUGUGCCCACCGUGUUCGAGAAUUAUGUGGCCGACAUCGAGGUGGAUGGCAAACAGGUGGAGCUGGCCCUGUGGGAUACGGCCGGGCAGGAGGACUACGACAGACUACGACCGCUGAGCUAUCCCGACACUGACGUCAUACUGAUGUGUUUCUCAGUGGAUUCACCCGAUUCGCUAGAAAAUAUUCCUGAAAAAUGGACCCCAGAGGUCAAGCACUUUUGUCCAAAUGUUCCAAUCAUUUUGGUAGGAAAUAAGAAAGAUUUGCGAAAUGAUCCCAACACAAUUCGGGAUCUAGCAAAAAUGAAGCAGGAGCCGGUGAAGCCGCAAGAGGGUCGCGCCAUGGCCGAGAAGAUUAAUGCCUUUGCCUAUUUGGAGUGCUCGGCCAAGUCCAAGGAGGGUGUGCGAGAUGUUUUCGAGACGGCAACUAGGGCCGCGCUGCAAGUCAAAAAGAGGAAGAAGACCAGAUGCCUUUUGCUCUAAAAGAGCAAAUCAACAACAUGAAAAUCUUUACCACACACACAGCAACAACAACAACAGCAUACACACACACAAACACACAGCACACAACAUACACACACCUUUUACAACAAUAACGAGCUGAACAACCACUCAAGAACAACCAGAACAUCGGAUACGGAUACACGAAGCUGCACCACCCAACAGCAACAGCAACAACAACAUGAGGAGAAACAGAGCUUGAUGAGCUACAAGAUACAAGAUCGGAAGAGGAGGGAGCAGCGGAAUAAGGGAAGGCAGCAUCAAGUAGAAUGUCAAAUGCGGAUUUGAUUUUAUAUACAGUCUAGUGUAGUUAUAAACCGAAGUAAACAACAGUAAUAACUAUGGCAUUAUUAUUUGUAACCCUAGGGCAGAGCAGAUCGAUCAGUCAGCCACUGCAAGCAAAUAUAUAUCGAUAUAUGUAAACAUAUUCAAGUUGUGUCCGUUUCUGUCCACCACCCCCCUCCUUGAUGUAUGAUGAUGUAUUUAUGUACGAUGUUUGUUUGUUUUAUAUAUAUAUUUUUUUUGUUUCGUGAUCUGUGUUGUCAAAUUUAGCCGGCUGUGGCAGGAUGAGAUUGUGUCGUAUUGUGAGGGUGAGUGAGGCAGGUGAAUCAGUGGAAUCAGAAUCAGAAGUUGGACCUUGAGGUCCUUGGCAGGCGUAGGUGACGAGAUGAGAGUUAUGUUCCCUUUAAAUCUAUCAGAUGCAGAGAGACCAGAGACCGCCAAUAGAAGAUGCAAGUGAAACUACAUUACAAGAACCGAACUAAACACAAAACAAAACAAAAACAAAAAAACGAUAAAUGUUUAUUUAACUAAACGUAAGCCACAAAUGAGAUGCAUUCAGUUUUCGCGUGGGGAGAUGCUAAAAGGGAGAAAUUUUGAUGAUGAUGAUUAUGAGAUGAUGAAACAACUAUUUCGAGCGCAUUAAGCGAGUUUUUAAUAUUUGUACUUUGCAUUAAAACGAGUGGAAAACAUAAAAAAAGAUACUACAAAACAACCAAACUAUAUGAAGAGUAUUUUAUGAUUUUAUAAAAUACGAAUAUACAUAUAAUUAUACUAUACAGUACAUAUGUGUAUGUCUCUUUUUUGUAUUUUGUACCGUCAAUCGUGUAAUUCUCACACAGAAGUUGAAAAACUCGAAGAUGCAUCAGAUACAACCAAACUAUAUUAUACUUAUGAAUAAACAGUACAUUUGAUCUA